AUGGCCGAGACACAGAAGUCAAAGCCCAAGCGGGCAAAGUCCGGCAAAGAUGUCGCUGGUCCUGUCAUAACUGAUCCGCGAUUCGCCAACAUCCAAUCCGAUCCCCGAUACCGGCUCCCGAGCAAGAGACACACUCAUGUUAAACUCGAUAAACGAUUUGCGCACAUGCUGCGCGAUGACGACUUUUCAAGAACAGCAGCUGUUGACCGGUACGGGAGGAAACUGCGGAGAGAUGAUACGAAGAAACAGCUGGAGAGGUUUUACAGGCUUGACGAAGAGGAUGAGGACGAAAAACUUGGGGAUGAUGAUAACAUGGAUGUGGAGGAUGAUGAAAUUGUGCAAAAGGAAUUGCGAAAUGCGGAUAAACGGAAGUACGAUCCCGCCAGAGACGGGGGAUUUUCCGAGUCUUCAUCGGACGAGAGUUCAAGUGAGGACGAGGAGGAAGGUGUUGAGGAUGAAGUGGAGGAAAUACAGUUUCCCAAUCAGCAGCAGGGUGAUGUGCCCCUUGGUGAUAUCAGCCGGCGAAUCGCAGUUGUCAACCUGGAUUGGGAUAAUAUCCGUGCGGAAGAUUUGAUGGUUGUGUUUUCGAGCUUUUUACCUCCUGGAGGGAGUAUACAUAAAGUGUCUGUUUAUCCCAGCGAAUUUGGGCGGGAGAGAAUGGAGAGGGAGGAAAUGGAAGGACCCCCUAAAGAAAUAUUCGCCAAGAAGAGGGAUGAAGGGAGUGACGUGGAAGCUAGCGAAUCGGGGGGUGAUGAGGUAGAUGAGGAGGAGGAAGAGGAGAAAAUCAAGCAGUCUAUCAUCAAGGAAGAUCAGGGCGACGAGUUUGAUUCUACCCAUCUUCGAAAAUACCAGCUCGAGAGGCUCCGUUACUAUUACGCUAUUCUGACCUGCUCAUCUGAGGAGGCUGCAAAACAUAUCUACGAUGCUGUGGACGGAACUGAGUACAUGAGCAGUGCGAACUUUUUUGACCUUAGAUUUGUACCUGAUGAAACCGAUUUUUCACAAGAUAUACCUAGGGACGAGUGUGAAAGGAUACCUGAUGGAUACAAGCCUAACGAUUUCGUGACGGACGCCUUGCAACAUAGUAAGGUUAAGCUCACUUGGGAUGCGGAUCACACGAGUCGGAAAGAAGCACAGGCAAGAGCGUUCAAAGGCGGCAGGAAAGAGAUUGAUGAGAAUGAUCUCAAAGCAUAUUUGGGCAGUGAUAGCUCUGAUGAUGAGGAUGAAGAGGAUGAAGGAGUUGAGGUUGUUGAUUCUACAACAAGGGAUGGCUCCUCCGCGACCGCAGCCCCAAUUAAACUAAGCAAGAAAGAGGCUGCCCGAGAGAAGGUGCGCGCUCUACUUGGACUUAAUAAGGAAAAGUCCGCAAGUGAAUAUAAGAGCAAAGGACCAGUUGGAGAUAUGGAAAUCACAUUUUCAGCUGGACUUUCUGCAGGGGCGUCUCGUGGAAAUGUGUUUGAGAAUGAGCCAGAGAAGGAUGAGACGACAGCAGAAAAAUAUAUACGGAAAGAAAGGGAACGCAAAGCGAGGCGGAAAGCAAGAAUGAAGGCAACUAGAAAUGGCGAGCCUCUGCCAACGGAGGGUGAGGAUGGUAAAAAUAAAGGUCCUGAAGCCUCGAAUGAUGAAAAGGAGGACUUGGGCUUCGAUGAUCCGUUCUUUACUGCUCCUGGAUUGGAUGUGGCUGUGUCUGCGGCACAGCGCAAGGAGGAAAGACGAAAGAAACGCGAGGAGCGAGACGCAGAUGAAGCUGCUACGGCUUCAAAGCGCGCUGAGCUUGAACUACUUAUGAUUGACGACAAGGCUUCACGCAUUAAACAUUUCGAUAUGAAGGAGAUCGAGAAGGCGGAGAAAAGAGCUCGAAAAGCAGGGAAACUGAAAAGGGUGAAGGGAGGUCAAGCUGCUGAACUUCCAGUGGAUGACUUCAAGGUGGACGUCAAGGAUGAGCGAUUCCAACGACUCUGGGAGAAUCAUGAGUUUGCGAUUGACCCUUCGAAUCCGCGGUUCAAGGCAACGGAGACCAUGAAGGCGUUGUUGGAAGAAGGACGGAAAAGGCGGCGGAAUAAGGAUGAUGGCGUCGUGGAUCGAGAGAUACCUGAGCCCGGGAUGAAAAGGAGGAAAGGAUCCGGCCCUGGUGCAGUUCCGAGUGUAGCUGAGGCUGAUGAUUUGAAAAAGUUGGUGGAACGGGUGAAGGUAAAGAGCAAGAGGAUUAAGUCAUAG